CAACAGAAACAGCUACGGGGUGUUCUGUUGUGUUUCCCCAAUCUAAGUGAAGUCGUCGAAGUUGAGCAACAACCGUAGCAUAAUCGAAAGAAGCGAAGAACCACAGAUGAACACGGACAUCACAGCUUCAGCUAAACCAGAGUACCCGGUCAUAGAUCGGAAUCCUCCCUUCACCAAGGUCUGCGGCAAUUUCAACACCCUCGAUUACCUCCGUUUCGUUACCAUCACCGGCGUUUCCGUCACCGUCGGCUACCUCUCCGGUAUAAAGCCGGGACUGAAAGGGCCAUCAAUGGUGACAGGAGGGCUGAUAGGAUUAAUGGGUGGCUUUAUGUACGCCUACCAGAACUCGGCUGGUCGACUCAUGGGAUUUUUCCCUAAUGAUGGUGAGGUCGAUCAGUACCAGAAACGGGGAUUCAACAAGUAACUCCUUUUUGUUAUAAUCAAAGACAUUUUGGAUGACUUAAAUGAUUUUCAAUAAUCAGAUUGUUUCUGCUCAUGUCUCUUUGUCUUGCUGCUGUAUUCAAAGAGGCUUUUGAAAAGUAACUUAUGGGUCUAAGUUCCCAAUGAAUUGUAGUAGUAUCUUUGCUUCGUUGUUAUUGAAUUAUUUUGAGAAUGCACCCCUUUUUUUCUUGA